CCUGCUAGACUUAGACGCUUGUUGUGCUUUCGUUAGGAUUUGUAGAAUGGAGUCGAGACCGAAUUUCAAGAUGUUUUACUAAGAUUUUUUCAUUUCCGGAAAGUUAAUGUAAUUUUUAAAUUACCACUCAUUGAAAGAAAUAAUUUUGAAUAAAGGGACGUCUGGAGAAAAAUGUCUGAUUUCGAAAGUUUCGAUGAUCCUCAAACCAAGGCUCUUGAGAGAGAACUGGACUAUUACACAAGAUUGAUGGAGAAGUAUAACAGCAUAAAAGAAAGUGAUAAUGAUGUAUCUAAUAAUAGUGAUGUCUUUUUGAAGCUUUCUCUGCCUAAAAAACAUAUUUAUCAUUCUUCACAGUUGAAAAAGCCUGUUCAAAAUAUGUACAAGGUGGUUAGAAAUCAGUCAAUAAAUGGGAAUGUUAAAUCAAAACAUUCUUACUAUAGUUCAAAGACUACUGCAAGCUGUUUUCCAGGUUCUUCAAGAACUGUCCAGAAUUUAAGUAGAAGUAUUAAUUUUAUUUCGGAAAACGGAAACAAAGUUUUAAACAAUCAGUUUCAAAAUGCUUCAAGAUCAUCAGGUUCAUCUGAGUUGAGAAAAUGCAUUUCUACGUCAAUAAUAAAAAUGCCUCUCAUAAAUGAAAAAGGAUUUGUGAUACCUUUAAAUACAAAUACACGCAACAGAACAGUUAUCUGCAAUAGCAAUUUAAAUUGUAAGAGUACAACAAAUGUAAAAGAAAAUAAAAGAACAGUCAUUACAAAAGAUCCUUCAGUAAAUUCACAUAAAUCUAUUAAAACAACCUCAAAAGAACUGGUAAAGGAAAUUAAGGCUUUAACUGAACAACUGAAGAAGAAAUCAGAGAACUUAAACAAAUGUUCUGUUUCUAGUAAUAAGCUACACUGCGAUGCCUUAAAUAAAUUCAGGACAAAAGAUAAUAUUCUAAAGGGUAAAUUGCUGAGUUCUAGUGGGAAGUUCUCUAUUGAAGAACCUUCCAAAGAAAAUUCAAUACAAAACAAGGAUAAAAUUUUAUCAAAAGUAGCAGAAUGUAGUUUAAAGCCAUCAAAUUUAUCAACUGUUGGUGUAAAAAGUUAUGAAACUGAAUAUGAAAUGAAUGCUGUGCCUACUAUAUUCCCUAGUUUUAAAAACAUAACAGUGCCUGAAAAGGAAUGUUUGAACGAAUCAUAUGAAAAUUUUUCCGCAAAGAAUAGUAAUGAAAUCAUCUCUGCCUCUUCUUUAGGUACAUCACCAGCUGAAAAUGUACUGUUAAGUUUGAAGGAAAAUCUGAAUAAAGAUGUGAAUUCAGAUAUAAAUAUAAAAAGUUGUUUAAACUCAUUGAAGACAGAAAUAAAAUAUACAACACCUAAAUCAAGUGCCUUCAGGCCAAGGAAGCUCUGUAAUAGUAAUAAGAAAAAAUUAAUUUCCAAAAAAAAACUGCAUUCAUCUAAAUAUAAAAUAAUAAAUGAAAAAUUACCACUUAAUAAAAAUGACUGUUAUAUAAAGUUGUGUUCUGAUGACAAAUUUCGAAAAGCAAUGAAAUUUGCUACACCAGUAUCCAGUCCUACAGCAAGAAAGCUUUCUUGUAACAGCAAGAAAAAGACUGUUAAAAGAAAACCACUUGCUUCUAAAUAUAAAAUAAUAAAUGAAAGGGUGGUACCACCUAAUAAUGAUCAUUUUUACAAAAAUUCCUGUGAUGAUAAGAUAUGCCCUCACCAAAAAGUAGUUUCUAAUUCAGUACCUGAUAACUUAUCAAAUGUACAGGAAAAGCCAUUUACUGCUCAACGCAAAAAAUUGUUGAAUUCAAAAUAUAAAGUUGUUAAUAAUAUGCAUAAAAAUAGUAGUUUCUCUAACCCUGGAAUCAAAAAAUUAAAAUCUGUAAAAUUAGCGAAAAGAAAAAACUCGGUUUAUAAAUUGGUCAAUAUGAAAAUGCCUGCUGAUAUUGCAAGACAGAAACAUUUGUCUCCUUUCAGGUUAACAUCUGCAUCUAGAAAAUCUAGUGUAAAAAUGACGAAAUCACUUAAUUCACUUCAUAAAAUUAACAAUUCUGUAAAGAAAAGUCCUCACCAAGUUAAAAAUAAGACUCUCAAAACAAAAAAAGAGACUGUAAUCACCUUCUCUAAAAAGUCUUGUACACUGAAUUCACAGUAUAAAUUUAUUAACAAGGCUUGCAUGGAGAGUGAUAUUUUAAAAAGAUCUGAAAUUUACAACAAAAGUAAAUCGAUGAAUUUGUAUAGAAAGACCAACAAGGAUUCAGGUGAAGCAAAUGGCAAUUUUUAUCCUAGUUCACACCAACAAAAUUUACUCCUGAAAAGAAUUUAUAAGAGUAGAAGCACCAUCAUAAAUAAAAAUAAAUCUCCAAUAAGUCAAACAGCUAGGAUGAUAAAAACAAAGUAUUUCAUGCUCAACAGGCGAUUUUCUUCACAUAGGUAUUCAGCAUAUCCUAAAGAAUUUCAAAAAGACAGAUGUUUAAAAGGCCGUACUCAGUAUAAUAAACAUCAUUACUUACAUAAAGAAAGAAGAUUUUCAAAGAAAUAUUUUGCUGGAUCUUCUAUUAAAUCUGCCAAAUCGAGAUGCAAUAUGAGUGUAUUCAAAAAUAAGAAAAGAUUCUUUAAUUCUCAGAAUCCAGUGCUUACUAUUCGUGGUCAGAAAUUUGCUAUAGGAGCAUCUGGUAAAACCUUAAAAAGAUUGUCUUCUAAGAAACCAGUGCUUGUAAUUAGAGGUCAGAGAUUUGCCAUAGGAUCCUCUGGUAAAACACUGAAGAGAUUAUCACCUAAAAGUUCUGUACAAUCCCCGCAAGUGCCCAAAAGAAUUUUUAUAGGUGGAAAAACAUUUAUAAGGAGUACUUCUGAUACAAUGAAAGCUUCUUCGCCCAUUUCAAAGACAUUAGCUAGCCGUGCUUUGAAUCGCAGCAUUAAUAGAGCUCUUACUGCAUCAGUUAGGAAAAAGGCAAUUAAAAUCAACACAUAUUGUAUGUUUUAUAAUCGAUUUGGAAGGUGCAAUAAAGGUAUUAAGUGUCCUUACAUCCAUGACCCCAGCAAAAUUGCAGUUUGCACACGGUUUUUGCGUGGCACCUGCAAGAUUGAUGGCUGUCCCUUUUCUCAUGAAAUUUGUCCUGGAAAAAUGGCAAUCUGUUCAUUUUAUCUUUUGGGAACAUGCAGUAAAAUUAACUGUCCAUAUAGACAUGAAAAUUUAAAUCCAGAUGCAGAAUUGUGUAAAGCUUUUGUUCAAGGGUACUGUUCAGAAGGAAAGGAGUGUAAAAAAGCACAUAUAUUGGUGUGUCCUCAGUAUGUACAAGGUAUUUGCGAGAAGGGAGAUGCUUGCGCUUUUCCUCAUCCUCCUCCAAAAAUAAAGAAAAAUAACUUGAAAGAUAAUACAAACAAAAAACAAAAUGAAAAAGAACCAGAGGAACUCCUGUUAAGAUAUUUUCUACCCUGCACUAGCAGAAAUAUUUCUGUCAAUGAAAGUUGUGACAAUGUAGUUAUGCCGAGGAUGCAAAGUUUUCCCAAGCAACCAUCUUUCAUACCCUUAUCUAGUACACCUGUUGCAACAUAUUCAGGAAAUGUUACUGAAUUGCCUUCAUUUACAAGUGUUGAAGAAGGAUCUUGAUUAUAGAGGCUAUAUGGAAAACUAGUCUGGACCACCAUCAUGCCAAAUUUUAGAAGAUUUAAACCAUUGUUUGGGUAAGAAAAGAUUUUAAAAUCACAGACAUAUAUAUUUAUCUUUUUACAUGUUUGUAUUUUUAAAAUACUGCAAAUUGUUCCAGUAGUAUUUAUUUUA